GGCUGGAGGUCGCGGCGCCUCCUCCGGCCGGCACAGUGGCGGAUACGCGGGACUCGAGGCCAGGAACUUGGUCUUUUGUCACGAGCAAGGCGUUUGGAAUCAGCGAAGAGGAAGGUGUUUACUGUACUAGUGUGUAUUAGGGCUGUUGGCGUGUGAUACCUGCCUAUACACCUACCCGUCCACCAAUCUCUAAUACAUCUCACCCGACCCUGAACUGACCCCGUCUGGCUCCUCCAGGGCUGUUGGCGUGAGCUCCAGCGCGGCCGCGAUUCCCCGCCAUGGCCUGCUCGCUCAGGAACAUCAUCAACUUCGGCCUCCUGCUCGCCGUCAUCGACCUGCUGCACGGAGUCGCCACCUGCGCCUUCUAUGGCUAUCAGUUCGGCGUCCACUAUAGGUGCCACUCGAUCUAUGGCAUCCGCUGGUGCGAACAUUACCUCUACCAGUCAGACCACAGCGUGCGCGUGAACAUCGGCAUCGCGGAGGGCGUGGGCUGCCUCUUCUUCUCCACCAUCCUCAUCAUCGGCCUGUGCAAGCGCAAACCCCUGCUGACCUGGACGUGGCUGCUGAAACCCAUCGCCGUGAUCAUCGUCAACGCGUUCUUCCUGAGUCGCUGGCUGGUGCAGAAGUCCCGCUACUACCACAGCUUCCUCGACCGACGCAGCUACGACCAGAAAAACACCUUCACCUACGCGGGCAUUGGCCUCACCCUCGUGCAGUUCUCCGUGAUGCUCUUCCACCUCUGCAUCAACGGCUCCUUCACCUAGAAGGUCCGCGAGCAGCGUGCUCCCAACACAGAGGCAGAGCGGAGUGGGUGAUCUCACCGUGGAAGAUCAGGCGCCGAGGGGCUCUGCGGCAGGGGACGAGAGGAGGGGAGUCAGCCUUCGUCAUGGAAAUCAGAUGGUCUCUCUCUCCCUCUCUCUCUCUCUCUCUCUCUCUCUCUCUCUCUCUCUCUCUCUCUCUCUCUCUCUCUCUCUCUCUCUCUCUCUCUCUCUCUCUCUCUCUCUCUCUCUCUCUCUUUCUCUCUCAGACGGAUUCUUGGAGUUCGUAGCAUUUUUGUCAUUUGCUCAGAUGAAAGUGAUUUUGAACUGUGGGGUAAAGAAAUGAUUUAUUACAUGUAUUCAUUUCCGUGCCUACUUUACGUGAUUUAUGAACCCACCGGGGCGCAAAUCGGCAUGCGAUUCACUCAGUGUAUUUAGUACCCACCGCCAUGGAGGUUUAGAUUGUAAGAUAACAAUUUUCAGAAGUGCCGAAGGUAGCUACGCGAAGGCCGGACUUCGCGGAGGACUUUUAAAAAUAGAAUCCCCCCCCAAUUAUUUAUUAUGUUUCCUGCAUUAAUUUCAAAUCUUUAUCAGAUGUGAGGAAAACAACCAAAUAUUAGAGUCACGUCACAAUCAAGUUCACGACCUUUCUUCAGCUUGGUGUCUAUUUCAACUUUUCCACGUGUGUC